AAGAGGGAAUCCUCGGCACCCCUCCUGCAGGGAGAACACCCUUGCCCCCGGGCGGAGCUGGCCUUCUGGCGGAGCAGGGCAGAGGACCUGGAGUGCAUUUAUAACCAGCUCAGGAGCAGCAGAGUGCGGCGCAUGGCCCUGCUCCUGGACCGCCUCCAGAGCAGCUAUUUCCCAGCCUUCCGGGCCCUGUUCCGAGACGUCGUGGCAGCACUGACCGAGGCCCGAGACGUGCACCUGCACCUGCAGCCCCUCGAGCGCCACGUGGCCGCCGUGGAAGGGGCUGAGUUUCCCCAGGUGAAGCGGCUGCUGGGGCCCCUGCUGCACGUGGUCUGUCUCACCUGGGCCACGUGCGAGCACUACCGGUGUCCGGCUCGGAUGGUCGUGCUGCUGCAGGAGAUGAGCAACCUCCUCAUCCGCCAGGCCUCUGCUUACCUCGGCCCGGAAGACAUCCUGAAGGGGGAGACGGAGGAGAGUCUGAGCAAAGUGCAGGUGGUCGUGGGGACCCUGAACUUCUUCAAGCAGUCGUUUGAGGACCGGAGGGCGAAGCUUGGGACGUACUUCCCGCGUGACCGAGGGACCGUGGAGUGGGAUUUCCAGUCGACCAUGGUCUUCGGGAGACUGGACGGCUUCCUGCGGAGGCUCGAGAUGGUGGAAGCGCUCCUCCGGACGGCCCUGGACAUCCCGAAGAUGGAAAAGCUGGAGUUGGGCGGGGCCCGUGGCCAGGCGCUCACUGAGCAGGCCCAGGACGUGUUUGCGCUCUUCCAAGACGCCUUCAGAAGCUUCUCUGAGAGCAGCUACGACUGCCUGGAUCCCGAGCGCAUGGAGUUUGAGAGAGACAUCAUGGAGUUCCAGCAGAAGGCGGAAGAUCUGGACCGAAGGCUGGGAACCAUCUUCACCAGAGCUCUGAAUGAUGUGUCUAGUUUGGAGCACGCCUUGAAGCUGCUGGACAUCUUUGGGAGCCUCCUCGAGAGGCCAAUGCUGGUGGCCAGUGCAGCUGCCCUGUAUCCUACCCUCAUCGCGAUGGUCGACAGAGAGCUGGAUGCAGCGGGACUCCUCUACUGCCGGCGCCUCCGGGAGGAGGCCGAGCUCGGAUUCGCCCCGACACACCGGAACAUGUCAGCCAUGGUCGGGGGGCUGCGCUGGGCCCAGGAGCUACGAGAACGCAUCCAGGGUCCAUUCAGGAGCUUCGGGCAGAUCCCGCUCCCGUGCCUGGAGUCAGAAGCCGGGAAGAGAGUGAUCCAGAAAUAUGAAGAUCUACUUAUGUCGCUGGAGAGGUAUGAGAAGAAGCUGUAUGAGGGUUGGUGCCGGACCGUGUCAGAGACGUCUCAGUGCAACCUCAGCCAGCCGCUCCUCCUGCGAGAUCCGGACACCUGCCAGAUCACAGUCAACUUCGAUCCCCAGCUGGUGUCGGUGCUGCGGGAGGUCAGGUACCUGGAGACCCAGCGGGCUUGGCCCAUACCCGCGUUGGCGCUGGAAAUGGCCUGUGCCAAAGAAGCGAGCCGGCGGCUAGUGGCCCUCCUGGAGCUGUUGGCCGACGGUUACAACGAGGUGCGGCGGGCCGUGCUGCCGGUGGAGCUCCCUCUCGUGGGCCAGCGCCUGCACGAGCUGGAUCUCGGGCUGCGGGCGGCCGAGGAGACGCUCAACUGGAAAACUGAAGGCGCUUGGGACUACGUCCGGAGCGUCACUGACGGAGUCUGCGAUCUCAAGCAGAGGCUUCGGCAGACCAAGGACAACAUGGAGGAGAUCCGGAACAUCUUGAAAACGUGGCUGCUGCCGAUUUUCGAGAGAAAAGAUGGGAAAAAGGAAUCUCUCCUGAGCCUGGAUGAUUGGCCAGAACACCUGGCCAAGCGCUACCGUCUGAUCCGGGAGUCCGGACGGCGAAUCCACUCCCUCGUGGGGGAAAACCAGAGACUCUUCUUGGCGGACCCGGCUUCUGGCCCUUGGCUGGCCUAUGUCGAGCACAUCGACGACAUGGUGCUGGAAGGCUUCUUCACGGCCAUCGAGUGCUCCCUCAACUUCCUCCUGGAAAACACUGAUCCGAAGUCCAGACUGGCCCCCUUGCUGGAAGUCCAGCUGGAUCUCGCCCUCCCCGAGCUGGUCUUUCGACCCUCCCUGGACCCCGGAGCCGGUGACGGCCUGUACGAUAUCAUCAAGGGGCUGGUCAGCGAUACCUUCAGGAUGUCUUCGCUGGUCCCCCGCAUCGCCCAGCAGAAGGGCUGCCCUCACUACCAGGCUGACCUGGAGGCCGAGGCCACUCUGGUCUCCUCGCGCCUCACGCUGAUGGAGAGGACGCAGUGCGCCAUGGCUGCCGGCAGCGGCUACCGCGACACCUUUGACCGCUACGUCUGCCUGUUUGUGGACGAGCGCCAGGAGGUGCUGAGGCAGUUUCUGGCCCAUGGGCGUGUGCUUGGCCCCGAAGAAAGCGGGGUCCCCGAGGCGCCCCCCACCCUGGAGCAGUUUAAAGAGCAGAUCGAUUCCUAUGAGAAGAUCUUCGAGGAGGUGAGCCGCCUGGAGCCCACUCGGUUGUUGACCGGGUGGCUGCGGGUCGACGCUCGCCCCCUGAAGGCGUCCCUGCUGUCGGUCGUCAAGCGCUGGAGCCUCAUGUUUAAGCAGCAUCUGGUCGACCACGUGACCUGCAGCUUGGCUGACCUUGACGCCUUCAUAAGGAAUAGUGAACAAGGCCUAAUCCAGAAGGUGGAAGAAGGGGAUUACAGUGGCUUGGUGGAGGUUAUGGGACAUCUGAUGGCUGUUAAGGACCGACAGAGCCGCACCGAUGAGAUGUUUGAGCCCCUGAGGCAAACCAUCGAGCUGCUCAAAGUCUACGAUCAAGACCUGCCAGAUGCCGUUCUGAAACGGCUUGAGGACCUGCCCGAGAAGUGGAGCGGCCUCAAGAAGAUGGUGGUCACCGUGAAGCAGCGGGUGGCCCCCUUGCAAGCCAGCGAGGUGGCCGCCCUCCGCCGACAGUGCGCGUCUUUCGACGUGGAGCAGCACGGGUUCAGGGAACGCUUCCGCAGGCACGCCCCGUUCAGGUACGACAGCGAGUGUCCUCACGCUAUCCUUGACGCCAUGCACGUUCAGAUCCGGCAGAUGGAGUCCACCAUGGCCUCCCUUUCUGCUGCCGCGAGCCUGUUUGAAGUGACCCUUCCCGAGUUCAAGCAGCUGAAGCAGUGCCGGAAGGAGGCCCUCCUGCUGAAGACUCUCUGGGACACAGUCGGGGUGGUGACCUCCAGCAUCGGUGCCUGGCAGGCCACCAAGUGGAAGGAGAUCGAUGUGGAAAACAUGGACUCGGAGUGCAGGAGGUUUGCUCGGGAGAUCCGCGGCCUGGACAAGGAGGUGCGGGCAUGGGACGCCUUCCUGGGGCUGGACGAGGCCGUGAAAAACACCCUGACCUCCCUGCGGGCCGUGGCCGAGCUGCAGAACCCGGCCAUCCGGGACCGACACUGGCACCAGCUCAUGCAGGCCACGGGGGUUGCGUUUGCCCUCGGGGAGGACACCACCCUGGCAGACCUCCUGGGCCUCCAGCUGCACCGCUGUGAGGACCAGGUGCGGGGCAUAGUGGACCGGGCCGUGAAGGAGAUGGCCAUGGAGAAGGUGCUUGAGGGACUGGAGGCCACGUGGGCUGGCAUGGAGUUCCAGUACGAGCCCCACCCCCGGCCCGACGUCCCCCUCCUGCGUGCCGACGAGGGCCUCGUGGAGGUCUUGGAGGACCACCAGGUCCAGCUGCAGGGCCUCAUCACGUCCAAGCACGUGGGGUUCUUCCGCGCGGAGGUGGCGGCCUGGCAGAAGAAGCUGACCACCGCCGACGCCGUCAUCUCCGCCUGGUUCCGAGUGCAGCGCUCCUGGGCCCACCUGGAAAGCAUCUUCAUCGGAUCAGAUGACAUCCGGGCCCAGCUGCCCCAGGACUCGCAGCGCUUCGAGGCCAUCGAUGAGGACUUCGUAGCUCUGGCGCGUGGCGUUCGGAAGACCCCCAACGUGGUAGAGGCGACCACCAAGCCUGGCCUCUACGAUCAUCUAGAAGACAUUCAGAGCAGAUUGUCCCUGUGCGAGAAAGCCCUGUCUGAAUACCUGGACACUAAGAGGGUGGCCUUUCCUCGAUUCUACUUCAUUUCCUCGGCAGACCUGCUGGACAUCCUGUCCUGCGGCACCGACCCACAGCAGGUUCAGCGGCACCUGUCCAAGCUGUUCGACAACGUGGCCCGGGUGCAGUUCCAGACGGAAGCCGGGCAGGACCCUCCCAGGACCGGCCAGGGAAUGUACAGUGGGGAGGGGGAGUAUGUGGCCUUCGGUGAGCCCUGUGACUGCAGCGGGCAGGUGGAAGUGUGGCUCAACCGUCUUCUGGAGCACAUGAAGGCCACGGUGAGGCACGAGUUGGAGGAAGGGGUGACAGCCUACGAAGAAAAGCCCAGAGACCAGUGGCUUUUUGAUUACCCGGCCCAGGUGACCCUGACGUGCAGCCAGAUCUGGUGGAGCACGGAGGUGGGCAUUGCCUUUGCCCGGAUGGAGGAGGGCUACGAGAACGCCAUGAAGGACUAUUGGAGGAAGCAGGUGGCCCAGCUCAACGCUCUGAUCGUGCUGCUGCUCAGCCCCCUGUCCCCCGGAGACCGGCAGAAGGUCAUGACCUUGUGCACCAUUGAUGUGCAUGCCCGGGACGUGGUGGCCAAGAUGGUUGCUCAGAAGGUUGACAGCUCCCAAUCCUUUCUCUGGCUAUCUCAGCUGCGGCACAGGUGGGACGAGGAACAGAAACACUGUUUUGCCAACAUCUGUGAUGCCCAGUUCCUCUACUCUUACGAAUACCUGGGCAACACCCCCCGCCUGGUCAUCACCCCCCUGACGGACAGGUGCUACAUCACUCUCACCCAGUCUCUGCACUUGACCAUGAGCGGGGCCCCGGCAGGGCCGGCCGGCACUGGAAAAACUGAGACUACUAAGGACCUGGGCAGAGCUCUUGGCAUCAUGGUGUACGUGUUUAACUGUUCUGAGCAGAUGGACUACAAGUCUUGUGGGGAGAUCUACAAGGGCCUCGCGCAGACCGGAGCCUGGGGCUGCUUCGAUGAGUUCAACAGGAUUUCGGUGGAAGUGCUGUCUGUGGUGGCCGUUCAGGUGAAGAGCAUCCAAGAUGCAAUCAGAGACAAGAAGCAGCGGUUCAACUUCCUUGGAGAGGAGAUCCGCCUGGUACCCUCUGUGGGAAUUUUCAUCACCAUGAACCCAGGCUACGCCGGCCGCACGGAACUGCCGGAGAACCUCAAGGCUCUGUUCAGGCCGUGUGCUAUGGUCGUGCCCGACUUUGAACUGAUCUGUGAGAUCAUGCUGGUGGCUGAAGGCUUCGUGGGGGCCCGGGCGCUGGCUCGAAAGUUCAUAUCCCUCUACCAGCUGUGCAAGGAGCUGCUGUCCAAGCAGGACCACUACGACUGGGGCCUGCGGGCCAUCAAGUCGGUGUUGGUGGUGGCCGGCUCGUUGAAGAGGGCGGAUCCCAGCCGCCCGGAGGAGCAGGUCCUGAUGCGUUCCUUGCGGGACUUCAACAUCCCCAAGAUCGUGACGGAUGACCUGCCGGUGUUCCUGGGCCUGGUCGGCGACCUCUUUCCCUCCCUGGACGUGCCCCGCAACAGAGACCUGGACUUCGAGGCCUGCGUGAAGCAAGCCGUUCUGGAGCUGAAGCUCCAGGCGGAGGACAACUUUGUACUGAAGGCGGUGCAGUUGGAGGAGUUGCUGGCCGUGAGGCACUCGGUGUUCGUGGUGGGCAGUGCGGGCUCUGGCAAGUCCCAGGUGCUGCGCUCCUUGCACAAGGCCUAUCACAUCACUGGGCGCCGGCCUGUCUGGACCGACCUCAACCCCAAAGCCGUCACCAACGAUGAGCUGUUCGGCGUCAUCAACCCUGCCACCCGGGAAUGGAAGGACGGUCUGUUCUCAUCGGUCAUGCGUGAGCUGGCCAACGUCACCCAUGAGGGCCCCAAGUGGAUCGUGCUGGAUGGAGACAUCGACCCCAUGUGGAUCGAGUCUCUGAACACCGUCAUGGAUGACAACAAGGUGCUCACUCUGGCCAGCAAUGAGCGUGUGCCCCUGAAGGCCUCCAUGAGACUGCUCUUUGAGAUCAGCCACCUGCGCACAGCCACGCCGGCCACCGUGUCCCGGGCAGGAAUCCUGUACCUCAACCCCACCGACCUGGGCUGGAGCCCCCCUGUCAGCAGCUGGAUUGACAGGAGGACAGUCCAGUCAGAGAGAGCGAACCUGACGAUUCUUUUUGACAAAUACCUACCCACGUGCCUAGACACGCUCAGGACAAGGUUUAAGAAGAUCAUCCCGGUCCCGGAACAGAGCACGGUUCAGACGCUUUGCUACCUCCUGGAAUGCUUGCUGACCCAGAAAACACCCCCCCCGGACUGUCCCAAGGAGCUCUAUGAACUUUAUUUUGUGUUUGCUGCUGUCUGGGCUUUUGGUGGAGCCACAUUCCAGGAUCAGCUCGUGGACCACCGGGCCGAGUUCAGCAAAUGGUGGGUGUCGGAGUUCAAGACUGUCAAGUUUCCCUCCCAAGGAACCGUCUUUGACUUCUACGUCGACCCAGAGACUAAGAAGUUUGAGCCUUGGUCCAGGCUUGUUCCCAAGUUUGAGUUUGACCCCGACACACCCCUGCAGGCCUGCCUGGUCCACACCAGUGAGACCGUCCGUGUGUGCUACCUGAUGGGGCAGCUCCUGGCCCGCGGGCGGCCCGUCAUGCUGGUGGGAGGCGCCGGGACAGGGAAGUCGGUGCUGGUGGGGGCCAAGCUGUCUUCUCUGGACGCAGAUGAGUUCAUGGUGAAGAACGUCCCCUUUAACUAUUACACCACAUCUGCCAUGCUGCAAGCUGUCCUGGAGAAACCUCUGGACAAGAAGGCUGGACGGAACUAUGGCCCCCCAGGCACCAAGAAGCUCAUCUACUUCAUCGAUGACCUGAACAUGCCCGAAGUGGACGCGUACGGGACAGUGCAGCCUCACACCCUCCUCAGGCAGCACCUGGAUUACGGCCACUGGUACGACAGGAGCAAGCUGACCCUCAGAGAGAUCUCGAACGUGCAGUUUGUGUCCUGUAUGAACCCCACGGCCGGCAGCUUCACCAUCAACCCCCGCCUGCAGCGGCACUUCAGCGUGUUUGCCCUGUCGUUCCCGGGGGCGGAUGCCCUGGCCGCCAUCUACAGUUCCAUCCUGACCCAGCACCUUCUUCUUGGGGCCUUCCCGCCGGCCGUGCUCCAGUCCGCCCCCCAGUUGACCAGCGUGGCCCUGGCCCUCCACCACAGGGUCGCUGCUACCUUCCUGCCCACGGCGGUCAAAUUCCACUACGUGUUUAACCUGCGGGACUUCUCCCGCGUGUUCCAGGGCAUUCUCUUCUCCACGGUCGACUGCGUCACGUCCCCCCAGGACCUGGUGAGGCUCUAUCUGCACGAAUCCAACAGGGUUUAUCGGGAUAAGAUGGUGGAAGAAGAGGACAUUUGCCUGUUUGACAAAAUCCAGGUGGAAGCAGUGAAGAAGUUUUAUGAUGGCGUCGACGAGACCCUGGCACAGGCCCGCAAUCUGAACGUGUUCUGCCACUUCGCCGAUGGGACGGGGGAGCCCAAGUACAUGCCAGUGCCGACGUGGGAACGACUGACCCAGACCCUCACGGAGGCCCUGCAGAGUCACAAUGAGGUCAACGCAGCCAUGGACCUGGUCCUCUUUGAGGAUGCCUUGUGCCACGUAUGCCGGAUCAACCGCAUCCUGGAGUCGCCGCGGGGCCACGCCCUGCUGGUCGGAGUCGGGGGCAGCGGGAAACAGAGUCUCAGCAGGCUGGCCGCGUUCAUCAGCUCCUUGGAGGUAUUCCAGAUCACCCUGCGGAGAGGCUACGGCAUUCCCGACCUCAAGGCGGAUCUGUCGAGCCAGUGCCUCAAGGCUGGAGUGAAGAACACCGGCGUCAUGUUCCUCAUGACCGAUACGCAGGUGGCCGAUGAGCGCUUCUUGGUUCUGGUCAAUGAUCUCUUGGCAACCGGUGAAAUUCCAGACCUCUUCUCCGACGAAGAGGUCGAGAACAUCAUCGUCGGUGUGAGAACCGAAGCCAGGAACCACGGUCUGGGGGAGAGCCGUGAGGCCUGCUGGGAAUUCUUCAUCGACCGCAUCAGGAGGCAGUUGAAGGUGGUGCUCUGCUUCUCCCCAGUGGGGACCCAGCUGAGAGUUUGCGGCAGAAGAUUCCCGGCCAUCGUGAACUGCACGGCCAUCGACUGGUUUCACGAGUGGCCGCGGGCGGCCCUGGAGUCGGUCAGCCUGCGCUUCCUGCGGGACACGGAGGGCAUCGAGGCCUCGGCAAAGGAGUCGAUCAGCAAGUUCAUGGCAUUCGUGCACACGAGCGUCAACGCGAUGUCGCAGUCCUACCGGAGCGGUGAGCGACGCUACAACUAUACCACCCCCAAGUCCUUCCUGGAGCAGAUCCGCCUCUACCGGAACCUCCUGCGCAAGAACGGGCGGGAGCUGACCUCCAAGAUGGAGAGGCUGGAGAACGGGCUGCAGAAGCUGCACAGCACCUCCGCCCAGGUGAGUGACCUGAAGGCCAAGCUGGCGGCCCAGGAGGUGGAGCUGAGGCAGAAGAACGAGGACGCCGACAAGCUGAUCCAGGUGGUGGGCGUAGAAACGGAAAAGGUGAGCCGGGAGAAGGCCGUGGCCGACGGAGAGGAGCAGAAGGUGGCCCUCAUCGCCCGGGAAGUCCGGCAGAAGCAGGUGGACUGCGAGGAAGACCUGGCCAGGGCCGAGCCGGCCCUCGCUGCUGCCCAGGCGGCGCUCCACACCCUCAACAAGAACAACCUGACAGAGCUCAAGUCCUUCGGCACCCCUCCUCUGGUCGUCAGCAACGUCACCGCGGCCGUGAUGGUGCUGUUGGCUCCGGGAGGGAAGGUGCCGCGAGACCGCAGCUGGAAGGCCGCCAAGGUGGCCAUGGCCCGGGUGGAUGGCUUCCUGGAUUCGUUGACCGGCUUCGACAAGGAGAACAUCCACGAGAACUGCCUCCGAGCCAUCCAGCCGUACCUGCGCGACCCGGAGUUCAACCCCGAUUUCGUCAGGUCCAAGUCCUCGGCGGCGGCUGGCCUGUGCUCCUGGGUGGUGAACAUCGUGCGCUUCCACGAGGUCUUCUGUGACGUGGAGCCCAAGCGCCAGGCACUGAGCAGAGCCAACCUCGACCUGGCCGCGGCCCAGGAGAAGCUCGACGCCAUUAAAGGCCGGGUCGCGCUUCUGAAUGAGAACCUGGCGAAACUCACAGCCAAGUUUGAAAUGGCCACGGCGGAGAAAGUCCGAUGUCAGCAAGAAGCGGAGGCAACUGCCUGCACCAUUGCCCUUGCAAAUCGCCUGGUCGGAGGGCUGGCCUCAGAGAACGUGCGGUGGGCAGAAGCAGUGGAAGGCUUCAGGCGGCAGGAGCGCACCCUGUGUGGUGACGUCUUACUCGUCACUGCCUUCGUCUCCUACCUGGGCUACUUCACCCGGAAAUACCGCCAGAGCCUCCUGGAUGGUGCCUGGAGGCCAUACCUCAGCCAGCUACAGGUCCCGAUCCCCAUCAGCCCUGCCCUGGACCCCCUGGAGAUGCUAACCGACGGGGCCGACCUCGCCACGUGGCAGAAUGAGGGUCUCCCGGCGGACCGCAUGUCCGUGGAGAAUGCCACCAUCCUCACCAGCUGUGAGCGCUGGCCGCUCAUGGUGGACCCCCAGCUGCAGGGAGUCAAGUGGAUCAAGAACAAGUAUGGCGAGUCCCUUCGGGUGACGCAGAUUGGCCAGAAAGGGUACCUGGACACCAUAGAGCAAGCCUUGGCCUCUGGUGAUGUGGUGCUUAUUGAAAACAUGGAGGAGACGGUGGACCCGGUGCUGGCCCCGCUGCUGGGAAGAGAAACUAUUAAGAAAGGAAGGUACAUUAAGAUCGGAGACAAGGAGUGCGAGUAUAAUCCCCAGUUCCGCCUCAUUCUUCACACCAAGCUGGCCAACCCCCACUACCAGCCCGAGCUGCAGGCCCAGGCCACCCUCAUCAACUUCACUGUGACCAGGGAUGGCCUGGAGGACCAGCUGCUGGCUGCGGUGGUCAGUCUGGAGCGGCCAGACCUGGAGGAGCUCAAAUUGGAGCUGACCACCCAGCAGAAUGGGUUUAAAAUCACCUUGAAGACCCUGGAGGAUUCCUUGCUGUCCCGACUGUCCUCUGCGUCGGGGAGCUUCCUAGGGGACACGGUUUUGGUGGAGAAUCUGGAGGUCACCAAGCAGACGGCUGCAGAAAUACAAGCCAAGGUCCAGGAGGCCAAAGUGACCGAGGCAAAGAUCAAUGAAGCCCGAGAAAGUUACCGGCCGGUGGCAGCCCGGGCCUCUCUGCUCUACUUCAUUAUGAACGACCUCAGCACCAUCCAUCCCAUGUACCAGUUCUCCCUGAAGGCGUUCAGCGUUGUGUUCCGCAAGGCGGUGGCCCGCGCGCCUCCUGACCAGAGUCUCCAGCAGAGAGUGGCCAAUCUGAUGGACAGCAUCACCUUCUCCGUGUAUCAGUACACGGCCCGAGGGCUCUUUGAGUGCGACAAGCUGACCUACACAGCCCAGCUCACUUUCCAGAUUCUCCUACAGAUCCAGGAAAUCAACGCUGUGGAGCUGGACUUCCUCCUCCGGUACCCAGCCCAGCCCGGGGCCACAAGCCCAGUGGACUUCCUGUCCCACCAGUCCUGGGGUGGCAUCAAGGCUCUUUCAGCGAUGGAAGAAUUCCGAAAUCUGGAUCGGGAUAUCGAGGGCUCUGCCAAGCGCUGGAAAAAGUUCGUUGAAUCGGAAUGUCCGGAGCGGGAGAAGUUCCCUCAGGAGUGGAAGAACAAGACGGCGCUGCAGCGGAUGUGUGUGAUGAGAGCCGUCCGGCCAGACCGUAUGACCUACGCCGUCCGGGAUUUUGUGGAAGAGAAGCUGGGUAGUAAGUACGUGACGGGCCGGACCUUGGACUUUGCUUCCUCCUUUGAAGAGUGCGGAAGGGCUACGCCCAUGUUUUUCAUCUUGUCUCCAGGAGUCGACCCCCUGAAGGAUGUGGAGAAGCAAGGGAAAAAGCUCGGUUUCACCUUCAACAACCAGAAUUUCCACAACGUGUCCCUGGGACAGGGACAGGAGGUGGUGGCUGAGGCAGCGCUGGAUGUAGCUGCCGAGCACGGUCACUGGGUCAUCUUGCAGAACAUCCACCUGGUGGCCAAGUGGCUUGGCUCCCUGGAGAAGAAGCUGGAGCAGCACAGUGCAGACAGCCACCCGGAGUUCCGGGUGUUUAUGAGUGCCGAGCCCGCUCCUUCUCCCAGCAGCCACGUCAUUCCCCAGGGCAUCCUGGAGAACUCCGUCAAGAUCACCAACGAGCCACCCACUGGCAUGCAUGCCAACCUGCACAAGGCCCUGGACAACUUCUCCCAGGACACUCUGGAGAGCUGCACUCGGGAGAUGGAGUUCAAGAGCAUCCUGUUUGCGCUCUGCUAUUUCCAUGCGGUGGUGGCAGAACGACGCAAGUUUGGAGCCCAGGGCUGGAACGGCAUGUACCCCUUCAGCACAGGCGAUCUGACCAUCUCAGUGAACGUACUGCACAACUACCUGGAGGCCAAUGUCAAGGUUCCCUAUGAGGAUCUGCGAUACCUCUUUGGAGAAAUCAUGUACGGAGGCCACAUCACCGACGGCUGGGACCGGCGCCUCUGCAGAAGCUACCUGGAGGAGUUCAUCAGGCCGGAAAUGCUAGAGGGAGAUGUGGCCCUGGCCCCGGGCUUCCUCCUUCCAGGCAGCAUGGACUACAGCGGCUACCAUAAGUACAUCGAUGAAGUCCUGCCCUCGGAGUCCCCCUAUCUCUACGGCCUCCAUCCGAAUGCCGAGAUCGGUUUCCUGGCCCAGACUUCGGAGAAGCUGUUCCGUACAGUGCUCGAGAUGCAGCCUCAGGACCGCCAGACUGGGGACGCCACGGCGGCCACCAGGGAGGAGAAGGUGAAGGCGUUGGUGACGGACAUCCUGGAGAGGCUUCCUGAGGAGUUUGACCUCGCUGAGCUGGUGUCCAGGGUGGAGGAGCGCACGCCAUUUGUCGUGGUCGCUUUGCAGGAAUGUGAGCGCAUCAAUUUCCUCACUGGCACCAUCCGGCACUCCUUGAGAGAGUUAGAGCUGGGCCUCAAGGGUGAGCUGACCAUGACCAGUGCCAUGGAAAGUCUGCAGAGCGCUCUGUACCUGGACACCGUGCCGGAGGCCUGGACGAAGCGGGCCUACCCCUCCAUGUCCAGCCUGGCCGCCUGGUUUCUGGACCUGCUGAGCCGCAUCAAAGAGCUGGAGAUGUGGACGGGGGACUUCGGCCUGCCCGCCUCGGUGUGGCUGUCCGGCUUCUUCAACCCCCAGUCCUUCCUGACGGCCGUCAUGCAGGCCGCGGCCCGCCGCAACGACUGGCCCCUGGAUAAGGUGUCCCUGCAGUGCGACGUCACCAAGAAGAGCCGAGAAGAUUUCGGGGCUCCCCCCCGGGAGGGAGCGUAUGUUCACGGCCUGUUCAUGGAGGGGGCCCGCUGGGACAGCCAGGUUGGGGUCAUCGCUGAGGCCAGGCUGAAGGACUUGACUCCCCCCAUGCCCGUGAUUUUCAUCAGAGCCGUCCUCGGGGACAAACAGGAUUCUCGGGGAACGUACCCCUGUCCCGUCUACAGAACCCGCCAGCGCGGCCCCACCUACGUCUGGACAUUUAACCUUAAAACGAAAGAGGUCGCGUCCAAAUGGGUGCUGGCCGGGGUGGCCUUACUUAUGCAGGUGUAGCCGGGACCCGUGGCUGUUGGGCAGAAGAGGGCUCAGUGGGUGGGAACUUUUCCAGGGGCCUUGGGACUCUAGGUCAGGAGUCGGGCACCCUGCUGGCCACCUGGUAUCUGGAUGGUGAGGUCUCUGGAUCCUCAGGAAGUACCAGAGUCACCCGGGGUCCUGGCGGAGGGGCGUCCCGGAAUGGGUCGCGCACGUGCCCUAGCCGGGGAGGGGGGUGAAGGCGGAGGGCUCGUCUUCUCUGUGUUCCAGAGUGAACAUCCCUGUGCUCCUCGUCUCUCAUGUCACUGGGGAGGCUUAGGGCCUGGCCGGAGUCACCCCGAAGGGUCUUGCCUAAUGAGCUAGAGAGCAAAGAACUGAAUGAUGGGAAGUAUUUCCUAAUAAAGUGAUUCAUUCUUUGA